AUGUACUUGUAUCAGCUAGUUGCGUCGUUUAUCUGCUUGAUAGGCUUUGCGCAAGCAUUUUAUUUGCCAGGUGUUGCUCCCACCAAUUACAAGGAAGGCGACAGCAUCGAAUUACUAGUAAAUCAUUUGACACCAUCGUUGCACCACAUCUCAAAAAACAAUGCCAAGGUCAAGAGUAAGACUUAUGUGUAUUCGUAUGAUUACUACUACCCUAGAUUUAGAUUCUGCCAACCUGAAGGUGGUCCUCAGAAGCAGUCUGAAUCUCUCGGAUCAAUUAUCUUUGGUGACAGAAUUUUUAACUCGCCUUUUCAAAUUGAUAUGCUCAAGAAGGUCGAGUGUCAGGCUGUAUGUGACUCUGUCUAUCAAAAAACUGAUGCAGUUUUUGUUAACAGAAACAUCAGAGCAGGCUAUAGCCACAAUUGGAUAAUUGAUGGAUUACCAGCUGCUAAGCACUUGUUUGACAAAAAGACCCAACUGGAAUUCUACGGUUCUGGAUUCCCAAUCGGUGACGUUGACGAAAGGAACGAAGCGCACUUAAAUAAUCAUUUCCAGAUCAAUAUUGAAUAUCACAAGAGAUCUGAUGAAAACUAUAGAGUUGUUGGGGUCACUGUGAAACCAUUUUCCUUAGAUAGAUCUGAAUUGGACAAGGACGCUGGUCCUGAAAAGUUAUGUUCCGAAGAAUUGAAACCGUUACAUUUAUCCAAGGAGAGUGAAACCAGAGUCAAGUUCACUUAUUCGGUAGACUUUAUAGAAUCAGACACUGUGUGGGCCACCAGAUGGGAUAAAUACUUACAUGUUUAUGAUCCUAAGAUUCAAUGGUUUUCAUUAGUGAAUUUCUCCAUAAUUGUGAUUAUCUUAGGAUUCAUCAUUGCUCACAUCUUAACUAGAACUUUAAAGAAUGAUAUCAUGAAAUACAAUGAAGUCAACUUGGAUGAUGAAAUUUCGGAUGAAAGUGGAUGGAAAUUAAUCCACGGAGACGUCUUCAGACCUCCAAAGAACAAGAUGUUGUUAUCCGUUGUUGUAGGUAGUGGAUGUCAAAUCUUAUUAAUGACUUUUGCUACCAUUGUUUUUGCACUUUUCGGUUUGUUAUCGCCUUCAAAUAGAGGAGCAUUAUCUACCUUCAUGUUCAUUUUGUUCAUACUCUUCAGCAUCGUGUCAAGUUUCAUCUCAGGUUACAUUUAUAGAUUCUUUGGAGGUGAAGAAUGGAAAUUGAAUAUGAUUCUUACCCCAAUCUUAGUACCUGGAUCGUUGUUUGGAAUUUUCGUAUUAUUAAAUUUCUUUUUAAUUUAUGUCAAUUCCUCAGGUGCUAUCCCAGUUGGUACAAUGGUUGCAAUUAUAAGUAUUUGGUUCCUUUUCUCAAUCCCAUUAUCCAUUGUUGGUAGUGUGCUCAGUGCCAAGAGAGAAAUGAUAUCAGUUCCAGUUAGAACCAACCAAAUCCCAAGACAAAUUCCAGAGCAACCAUGGUACUUAAGGACUAUUCCAAUUAUGCUUAUGUCUGGUAUUUUCCCAUUCGGCUCAAUUGCAGUGGAAAUGUACUUCAUUUACUCUUCGUUGUGGUUCAACAGAAUCUUUUACAUGUUUGGAUUCUUAUUUUUCUGUUUCGUAUUAAUGUUGUUGACUACUGCUUUAAUUUCAGUCUUAAUGAUUUACUACACUUUAUGUUCAGAAAAUUUCAAGUGGCAAUGGAAGUCAUUAUUUAUUGGAGGUGGUUGUGCUAUUUAUGUGUUCAUUCACUCAUUGUUCUUAACAAAUGGUGAGAGUCUCGCUGGGUUGACCUCUUUCGUUUUGUACGUCGGAUACUCGUCUGUCGUAUCCCUCUUGGUCUUCUUGUGCUGCUCAUCUGUUGGCUUCAUCAGUAGUUUAUUCUUCAUCAGAAGAAUCUACAGCGAAAUCAAAAUUGAUUAA